AUGAACCUUGCUCAGGCCGAAGAGGACCAUGUCGAAAUCCAAUGCGAUUAUGCGGAGCGGAUCGAGCGUUUCAAAGCAAUAUAUGGACGCGAACCUACUAUGAAAGAUGUUAGCAAAGUCUGCUUGAAUCGACACAGCAAGGAAUAUCUCCUGGCUGUUGACGGUGCUGCACAGAGCUACGAGUCUUUCAUCGAGAGAUCGUUUGGAAUAACUCAAGAGGAUGAGCACAGGAAAGAUAGUGGCGCAGGGAACGCAUGCAAAACAUAG